GGUGGUGGUGGUGGCGAUGACGGUCAUCUAUCGACCGAUGUCCCAACGCGAGAGAGCGAUCGAGCGAGUGAGAAGAGGGGGAAAGCUGCUGCUGCUGCUGCUGCUGCCGCUUCUGCUGCUGCUGUUGUUGUUGUUGUGGUUGUGAUUGUGAUUGUGGUUCUUCACUGA